GCCACCCCAAUCUUUGCCGCCGCCGCCUCCGCAGCCGCAGCCACGCCGCCUCCGCCGACUACGAUUCCGCAGAAUUGACUCUGCCUGCCUCAGGAACAAGAUCAAAAUUUGGGGCGGAGGGAAUUUAAUUAAAUGAAGGAGCGGCAGUUGGUGAAUUUGGUGCAGAGGUAUGGCAGAGGCGGAUUGUAUACGGUGAGUCGCAUGAAGGCGGAGGAGCAACUCUUCUACGGAUCCACGGCGGAAGCACAAGCAGCAGCAACACUAGCGGCAUCCAGGAUGGAGAGGAUCUCGCGGUUGCCUCCGCCCAGGCUCAGAUUCGAGUCAUACCGCUCAAAAUACAAGAGGCUCGAUUUCCUUCCCUUCUAUGGAGGAGGAGGCAGAGGCCGCGAUAGCAAGAUGCUCUGCGUGGACUCUGCCGGAAGCGCCAUCCUCUGCAACGCGGACGGCCGCUCUCUCCAGCCGGUUCCCAACCUUAACGAACCCAAGGGAGUCAGCCCCGCCUCCUUCUCCAUCCCCAGGAUCGACGCCAUUGAGCCCAAGCGCUCUGAAGCUCUCUACGUUCUUGCCAGGUCCGCCCCAAGCCGCAACUCUUUCACCUUCGAGGUCCUCGUCUAUGGCGAGAAGAAUUGGCACUGGGUUCUGCUCCCACCGCCACCCUACGUCAACGACCCACUCUAUGACUCCACAUUCAUCCAGUCGUACACGCUUCUGGGUGAUGGCUCCACUAUUUGCAUCUCCUCCACUGAGAAUAACCCCGUCGGCACCUACUGCUUCGACACGGUUAGCCGCAAGUGGGAAAAGGCUGGUCGCUGGGCGCUGCCCUUGUACGGCAGGGCUGAGCAUGUCCCUGAGCUUUCCAACCUCUGGUUCGGCAUAGCCGACAAGAGUCCCCACUACUUGUGCGCAUUGGACCUCUCCAAUCUGGACAGGGUUCCCAAGGUGCUUAGUGACUGGCCAGACCUUGACCCCCCUGAGGGCUGGGUGCAGAUAAGGAGCAGCCUGCUGUACCUGGGAGCGGGCAAGUUUUGCAUAACCAAAAUCUUUGACAUCGGCGACCAAGAAACACAAGAGAUCACCAGUGGCGUCGUGGCUGUGUGCACUGGGGUGGAGAUGACCUGCGGAGCUUCUGGUAUGGAGGCGGUGCAGGAAGGAUCAUCCCAACUCCAGAUGAUCAAGCACAAGUCCUUUGUCAGCUAUGAUGGCAUCGAGUGUGUCCUCUGAGAUACCAGCGGUAGCAAAUAACUUAUUGCCAUUUCUUGAAAGAGUGCCGAGUGGUCGUUUUCAUUACAACUGGGUCUCUGUUAUCAGGUGAAUGAACUGUAAUAGUGGGAUGCAAUGGUUAUAUUCUCAUGUCUGAUUAGCGAGGAUUUACAUGGAAUAGAAUAGUUGCAUCUUUGUGUUUGUUGGAGGAAUAACGUGGAAUGUAUAUGGAUCAAAUCACCUCUUA